AUGGCCACAACCGAGCACUACUCCUCCAAAGAGGAAGCAGCCCGCAUCUUCCAGUACCUCGUCGGCGUCCUGGACCCCGUCUCCCUGCCACCCGAGGUCGCCCGUCGGCAGAGCAAAAUCUCCUUCACCGCCGCCCGCGACGCACCCUACUUUCCGAUUCCGUUCAAGGAGACGGAAGCCACGGCCGCCCUCAAGGCGGUCGAGGGCACCGUGGCCGCGCUGCUCGCCGAGACUAGCAGUAGUAGCGACGCGAGCGCUGUAGCGGCAUCCGACGCCCGCGUGCACGUCGAUUUGGAGAAGACAACGGCCUUUUUGUUCCAGGCGUACCUUGCGCGGGUGGGCGGCCUGGGCAAGCUGGACAAGCAGGUGAAAGGGCUGCUCAAAGAUACGGAUUUGCUGCAAGCGCAGUCGGACCCGUACAGGCGCAUGUCGGCGAGUUUGUACAGGACAAAGGAGCGCGGCGAGUACUACCACAUUCACGGCUCGCUCGAGGCGUCGACGACGCUCAAUAUGAUUGGCUUGGCUUCUCACCGUCCGGACCUGAAGACGCAUGAAGAAAUCGCCAAUGUGAUUGAAGGAGCUGUCGAGAAAUUCACCGUCGACGAAUUGGAGGCCUUGAACAAGGAGAAUCGGCAGGCUGGCGUAAAGGCGUUCAAGCACGCCGACUUUAUCAACACUCCACACGGCAAAACCAACAUGGCAUUACCUCCGUGGUCCGUCGAGAGCCUCGAGUCAGCAACCCCCAAGACCCCCCUACCCCGAACACAAAGCGACCGCCUCCUGUCCGGCAUCAAAGUGCUCGAGCUCUGCCGCAUCAUCGCCGGGCCCAUCAUCACGCGGAUCCUCGGCGAGUACGGCGCCGACGUGCUCAAGGUGACGAGCCCGCACCUCAGCGACGUGCCCUUUUUUCAGGUCGACGGCAACAUGGGCAAGCACGCGACCGAGCUGGAUCUCAAAACCCCGGACGGCAGGGCCCGCUUCGAGGCGCUGCUCGACGACGUCGACGUCGUCGUCGACGGGUACCGCCCCGGCGCGCUGGAAAAACUCGGCUACGGCCCGCGGCAGCUCGCAGCACGGGCGGCGAAACGCGGCAAGGGAGUCGUGUACGUGAGCGAAAACUGCUUUGGCUAUCACGGCGAGUGGGCGGACCGGCCCGGCUGGCAGCAAAUUGCCGACUGCGUAACCGGCAUCGCGUGGGCGCAAGGCCUCUUUCUCGGGCUCGCCGAGCCCGUCGUGCCGCCGUUCCCGCUGUCCGACUACGGCACCGGGUGCGCGGGCGCCGUCGCCGCGCUCGUCGGGCUCUACCACCGCGCCACGCGCGGCGGCUCCUGGCACGGCCGGGCGUCGCUGCUCCACUACGACCUGCUGCUGUUCAAGGUCGGCGCGCUGCCGGCCGGCGUCCAGGACGCGCUGCGCGGCGCCGUCAGCGACGAGGUGCGCGCACUGCGCCACGCGCACAGCGUGGACCACGUCUCGGGCACGACGCUGCGGUGGAUGCGCGACGCGUUUCCGGACUUCGUGGACAAUCCGAAAUACCUGGACCGCUGGUACGCGGCGGCGUACGGGACAGAGGUGGCGGCGGUCCGGCCAGUGGUGGAGAUUGACGGGCUGGAGAUAAGCUUUCAGAGAGCGAGCAGGCCGAAUGGUGCGGAUGCGCCGACGUGGGACUUUGGCGUGGAGCAGGAUUAUAGACGGUAA